CCCAACCACGUGAUAGGGGUGUAAGUCAACAAGCCACUUCCUUCACGACAUGGAGUCCUGCUAAACUGAGCUUUGUUCUUGCGCGAGUGUGUAAAUAGUCCAGGUUGAAUAAGUGUUGCGUCGAAGGGAGCGGAAAGGAAUCUCUAACAUUUAGGAAGACAAGAUGCCGGUGGCAGUAGGACCGUACGGACAGGCUCAGCCCAACUGCUUUGACAGAGUUAAGAUGGGCUUCAUGAUGGGAUUCGCUGUAGGGAUGGCGGCAGGUGCCAUGUUCGGGACUUUCUCCUGUCUGAGGAUCGGCAUGAGGGGCAGGGAGCUGAUGGGAGGAGUCGGAAAGACCAUGAUGCAAAGCGGCGGCACCUUCGGCACCUUCAUGGCCAUCGGGAUGGGCAUCCGGUGCUGAUGUUACCCCUUCCCAAACCCCCACAGCAUGCAAGACUCUGGCACUGCCCUGCACCACACACCACCCUGCAAUACUCUCUGUACAUGAUUGUGGUUUUUGGGAAAAAAUCGAUCCAAUAAACGCUCUGACAAAUCGCUUAUAAAACAAA